AUGUGCGGGCUUCAAACACUAGGUCUGCAUUACAGACAAGUUCUCAAAAUCUCUGCCAAAACUAAUGUAGCACCCUGGCACAGCCGUCCCUAUAUUAUUAAUAGUAAAGUAUACCCUCGAAACGAAGCUACUGUAGAAGAGCACACAAUGGGUACUUCCUUGCCUCGAUAUCUCGACAUAAAGGUACACCAGGCAGUCCGCGAACGGGCUUACGAUGGAAUCACAGUAGUCGGGGCCUACAGUCGAUCAUAUCCUUCAACCAUCUUUCAGGGCGAAAAAACAGACAAACCUUUCAACUGGCAGCGACCCACCGCCAGAAUUGUCGACAAUCAUUUAUAUAUCGAGUGUUUUCCGGGAUACGAUUACGUGGAGCACUAUGCUGAGGUCAUCGCCAGCUUUCUCGGCAUUCAGCAGCGCCAAGGAGGCAUGUUGACACCUCCGUCUAAGGUGUCUUUCCAACCGGCCUCCUGCUCCGAUACGCAGAACGCGAUUAAGGCUACAAAUAUUCGAGAAUUCCCAAAGGGGAUUGAUACUAUUGUUCUGGGCAUGGUCCAUCGCCUGGAGCGACUCACUGGUUCCGUGGAUUGGGCUGGGGACGGCUGCUUUGCGUGGGCGGUGCGCCAAUUCAAUGGCCGUAAAGUGGCAUUCUUGGGGGUUCGACCCGCGUUUUGGGGCGAUAUCUCAGGAGAAGUCGUACAUUAUCUUGCAUCUCAGUGUGGUGUCCGUGAGGUCCUCUACCUUGGCAAGCUAGGAAGCGUCAAAAAGGGAAUAAAGCCAAACACUUGGCUGGCAACUGGAGGACUUUCGUACGUGCGUGGCCAAGCUGUGGAGUGGGAGAACGCCCUUGGAAAUUCAGUUGCCCGUCUGGCUCCAGCCUGUACACUUACAGGGAAUCACAUAACCUUGGGAAGUGUCCUACACGAGACGAGGAAUUGGCUCGCAGCAUUGCCGAGUUCUGUUGACUUUGUGGACCCCGAGGUGGGAAUGAUGGGCCAGGCAGCGGUCAGAAGUGGCACCCGGUUCGGGUACCUUCAUAUCAUCUCGGAUAAUUUGGCCGAGAAGUACAAGGAAGAUCUCUCAAAUGAGAGGAUGCGGAGCGUCCUAACAGGGAGGUCUAAGCUUUAUGAAGUCGUUCAGGAUGUUUUGGGGCACCAUCUCUCUCGGUCUUAG